UUAUAUGUGCUACUCUAUAGUUUUCUUCUUGAAAUACCUUUUAAUAUAUCAAGGGUUUGCAAUUUUGCAGAUGAUUAUGAUGGGAACGAGGAAAUAUUAACGCAAUUUGACCUGAAUAUGGCUUAUGGGCCAUGUCUUGGAUUGAGCAGACUUGACAGAUGGGAGCGUGCUAAGAGUCUUGGUUUAAACCCUCCUAGAGAUGUGGAGCCCCUCUUGAGGUCUAGCAAGGUUCGCAAUGAAUGCCUGUGGGGUGGACGUGUUUAACUUUGUUUAGGUUAUCAUCCAGUAGCUCUUGUAGUACUUAGCUUUCCGGUGGGUGGUUCAUGUUCCAGGUAAUUAAGUUACAGCAUCUAGCUGUAUGGUAGAUGUUUAGUUCACUACUAUUCCUAAUGUAAGUCUUUUUGAAGUUUGUUUUGUCUUGUGUUUGACGAAUUUGCUGCUGAAAGUUUUUAUGCAUAUUAUUAGUUAUUUUCAUCUGAGUUCUGUAUUUUCCAAAGUUCAUAACAAAAAUUAAUUUUUCUUGCAUACCACAA